UUUUUAUUACUGGCCAUAUUUUGUCCGAUACGUGGCAGCGCACGGACAACGUCCACGUUCGCCGCCAUUUUGACAUUAAACGAAAAGAAGUAACUUCGUUGAGUUGAACCCUUUUUUUCAAUACAAUAAAGUUUAAUAAUUGUGUAAAAAUCAUAGAUAAAAUCUUCCAAAAUGGGGAAUAUGUUUACAAAUUUAUUUAAGGGCCUGUUUGGCAAAAAGGAAAUGAGAAUACUGAUGGUUGGUCUUGAUGCAGCUGGUAAAACCACAAUACUGUACAAACUCAAAUUAGGAGAAAUUGUUACUACUAUACCGACAAUUGGUUUUAAUGUGGAGACUGUAGAAUACAAAAACAUCAGUUUCACUGUAUGGGAUGUGGGCGGUCAAGAUAAAAUAAGACCACUAUGGAGGCAUUACUUUCAGAACACACAGGGUCUCAUCUUUGUAGUAGACAGUAACGAUCGGGAGCGUAUCGGAGAGGCGCGAGAAGAGUUGAUGAGAAUGUUAAGUGAAGAUGAGCUACGGGAUGCUGUACUUUUGAUCUUUGCAAACAAACAGGAUCUGCCAAAUGCAAUGAACGCAGCCGAGAUAACGGACAAGCUGGGUCUGCACUCGCUCCGCAACCGCAACUGGUAUAUCCAGGCCACGUGCGCCACUUCCGGCGACGGCCUCUACGAGGGUCUCGACUGGCUCUCAAACCAGCUGAAGAACGCAAACCGCUAACCACGCGACACCGCCAAUAUGAUCAGAGACUAUGGUUUAAGAUAUGUUCACUUUUUUUGCUAAAUACAAUGUAUGUGCGAAAUAAAAUGUAUUAAUGUUGCGUCAUCUGGGUGACCGAGCUCUCACCGUAUCCUACCGCUCCGAGCAACUCCUGUUCGCAGUCAGUACAAUCGCGUAUCAUUUACCUGGUGACUAGUACUGGUACUAUUUGAGGGACUCUUCUAGCCAGUUAAGACUCAGUAUAAAUCAUUGUAGGAACAGACCCGUUAUUAUAAUACUAGACAAAAGUUAAGGGUCUCAAAAUGUAUACAGAAAACCCACCAUUUUUUUAAUAAUAUUCUGUCGCGCGUUGUUAAUAACUUAAAACUGAAACUAGAAAGUUCUAAUAUAGCUGUCAAUCAUGUUAUUACAGACGGAAUUAAUGUUUAAUCUUAGCACCGAUCAUGUCCUGUAAACUUAGGAAACACAUACUCAAUUUUGUGGUGUGUCUUACACAUAAGCAUAUACACAGUAGGAAGAAUAGUCAGUUAAUAUUUAUAUUGGUGUUGCGCAUUUAUUGAACAUUCUCCGGGCUGCGAGCAAAUAUACUGUGCAAUAUAUGUCAUAUUUUAUGCAGAACAACCGAAAUAAAUGUUAUAUCAUUGUCACAGAAUGUUUCGCUUGUAGUCCUGGGCAGUGCAGACUUUAGGAAUAGGGUCCCAACUAGGACUUUUAUGCUAUAUAUAAUACUCCUCUUCUCAUCUAUAUUAUUAUAUAUAACACCAUUUUACACAGGACUUUUUGUAAUGCGUGCGACAGUUGUUGCUCAUGUCAUGUUGACAAAUUGAAGCGAUGUUAAUUUACUAUCGAUAAUUUAUUUGUUCCUUCACAAGUGUGAUCACAAUACAAAAGUAUUUCAAUUAAUUUGUUAAUAAACGAAACUUUAUGCAUCAUUCACAGGUUUUUAGUUCUUACAAUGACCAGGAUACGCUGUUUGUUCGAUCUCGGUUGGCGUUGAACAAAUAUAGAUGUAAAGUUCUGCAAAAUUACAUUUUGUUUAUAAUUGUAGUUAACCGUUUACCUACCGUGUAUAUUCCAACGAUCGCGCAUUUUUGGUGUGGAUAGGUGGAUAGCUGGACCGUGAUAAGUGGAAUCACAGCAUAACAUGUUUUAUAUGUAUACUAUGUGGAUUAAGUUUCGUAAUAAAGUAUUUAAAGUUAAUGGAUAUCUAUGAUUUUAAUUUAUUAGCGUAGUGCACCUUUAGUGCGAGUUUAAGGUAUGUAUGUUUGACUUAACAUUAGUUACUGUGCUUAAUUAUGUCAGUGAAUAUUCAUUACAUUUAUAUUUAAGAGGACUAUUUAAUAAUAUUUUAUAGAUAACCUUCAUAUACAUUCUUAAGGCGGCAACAUACACGUAACGUUUUAUUUGCACAAGUAUUGUUCGAUUAGUUUAAUCAUCUUUUCUUUCUAUUUACCAAAGGCUCACUUCUAUAAAUAUUUAUAAAAUCCAAAAUCCUGUGAACUGGAGUUCGCCUCCUCUCAGUUGUCUCACUCAUUUUCGACCGAAGUCAAUCGUAGAACAUGUAGACAGAGGUAGUAUGCGCAAAAUACAAGUCGGGAAUUGAAAAUUCGAACGUUUUUAAAAAAAAAUCGCGCAAAUAUCUUCAAAUGCUUGCGCAAGUAAAUCGUUGCGUGUGUGAACGUCAUCAGAGAAGCCUUUCGCUCCAACGGGUCAAAUAUUGAAGAAUGAGAGAGUUACACAAGUUCUGACAUGUUCCUCGUGUCUUUUGUUAUAGAUGUCUUGAACAUAUUCACAUCGGCAAUGUCUACGCAGUGAUAACCUCACAAGCUCUAAAUUCCAAUAAUUUGAUAUUAUGUAUGAUGAAAGUUUAUUUUUAUGCAAGUUAACUAGGGUAGUUUAAGCUGUUAUGUUAUUUCGAAAGGAUUGGUCGUAGGUCUCCAAUAUCAAAUCGAUCGUAUUCGGGCCGCAUUUAUAGUUGACGAUUCUCAUGACGGACUUUUUAUUUAGGCGUAUAAUGGUGUGUUAGGUAAGCUAUAAGGGUCAUUUGGAAGAAUGGGCGCUGUUCUAUCUCUUAAUGGUUCUCUGCUCUGACACAAUUAAUUAUAACUUAGCGUUUUUUAUGAUAAUUUAGAAGAUUGUUAAAACACAUCUGAAGGAUAUUAUGAGGCAAGUGUAGCAAAAGAGAAUUCAUUUUAUUUUUAUGGAUACAAAGGUUUACUGAAAAGCGAUAUGUGACAUUCCGGUUUGUCUUAUGCUGUAUUAUGGAAUAAAAUAUCCUCAUAAA